CAACAAAAGGCCAAGACAAACCAAACCCCCAAUUGCAAAAUUCAACCUCUAUCUUCCGCUCUCUCACUUUCUCUCUCUUCCCUCCAACCCUCAAAAAAACCAGAUCUAAACCCACCCUCCUCACACGAAUCGGCGAAUAGCAAUGGCCUCGGCUCGCGAAGAGAACGUGUACAUGGCCAAGCUGGCUGAGCAAGCCGAGCGCUACGAGGAGAUGGUGGAGUUCAUGGAAAAAGUCUCCGCAUCCGUCGAGAACGAGGAGCUCACCGUCGAAGAACGGAACCUUCUCUCCGUUGCCUACAAAAACGUGAUCGGAGCUCGUCGUGCUUCGUGGCGGAUCAUUUCCUCCAUCGAGCAAAAGGAGGAGAGCCGCGGCAACGAGGAACAUGUCUCCGUUAUCCGUGAUUACCGAUCCAAGAUCGAGACUGAGCUAUCCAACAUCUGUGACGGUAUUCUUAAGCUCCUUGACUCCCGCCUCAUCCCCUCCGCCACCUCCGGUGACUCUAAGGUCUUUUACCUUAAGAUGAAGGGAGACUACCACCGAUACCUCGCCGAGUUCAAGACCGGCGCCGAGCGCAAGGAGGCUGCUGAAAGUACACUUACCGCUUACAAAGCCGCUCAGGAUAUUGCUAACGCUGAGCUGGCUCCCACUCAUCCAAUUCGCCUAGGGUUGGCUCUGAACUUCUCCGUGUUCUACUACGAGAUUCUGAACUCACCUGACCGUGCCUGUAAUCUUGCUAAACAGGCUUUUGACGAAGCAAUUGCUGAGUUGGACACCCUGGGCGAGGAGUCUUAUAAGGACAGCACUUUGAUCAUGCAACUUCUCCGUGAUAACCUUACUCUGUGGACCUCAGACAUGCAGGAUGAUGGGGCAGAUGAAAUUAAAGAAGCCGCCCCCAAGCCUAGCGAGGAUCAGCAGUGAGCGUGUAGUUCUCUGCAAAAUUAGGGUUCAACUUCUCCUCUAUAUGUUUUUAAUAGGAGAAGGCUCUCUCAUUAUCUGAUUUCGGGUGUUAUUCUGAGAUUUUAGGCAUAUUCUUGUCUUUUGUCACUGAAUGAUUGACACACUUGAGUCUUUAUUUUUCUUUUUCUUUUUUUUUCCUUUAUUAGUUUGUUCUAUCAGUUUGUGUUUCUUACUGCGCUUAUUGCUUGAUUGAAGAUAUUGAAAGCUGUUUAUCCUGUUGGGCGUAUCAACCUUUGAUA